UCGACUGCGCGUUCCGACGAGGGUCCGAGCGACGACGAUGCGCGGCGUCAUCGCGAUCGCCGCGCGUCGCGUCCUCUUCGUCCUCGUCCUCGCCCUCGUCGCGUCCUCCUCGCCGCGCACGCUCGUCGACGCGGCCUCGUCGUCGUCGUCGUCCGCGGCCUCAUCGACGACCUCGACGAGAGGCCUGACCGACGCGUCGCCGCUCGCGACGCGCGACGGGAUCCCCGACGCGUCACUGUGCGAGCACGGCGACGCGGGCCACCGCCGAGCGACGACGAUGGGCGACGCGCACUUGAAGCAGAGGAAGCCGCUCCUCGCGGAGGCGUGCUACCUCGGCGCGCUGCGCUACAAGUCCGACUUCCCGAUGGCGCUCUACGGCCUCGGCGAGGCGCACGUCAUGGCCGACCGCGACGCGCUCGCCGCGGAGGCGUACGCGCUCGCCAUCGACGCGUGGCCGCAGUACGUCGACGCGCGGAUCGCGCUCGGGGAGCUUAAAGCGCGCGGCGGCGACGCGAUCGCCGCGGAGGCGGCGUUCCGCGGCGCCGUCGCGAUCGCGCCGACGGACGCGCUCGCGUGGGAGGCGCUCGGGAAGCAUCUGCUGUCGAUCGGCGCGCGCGACCGCGCGCACGACGCGUACGAGCGCGCCAGCGCGUCCGUCCCGGGAGGCAGAGAGAACGUCGGAUUGCUGUUCGGGCGCGCGCGCGUCGCCGCCGCGAAGAGGGAAUGGCGCGCGUGCGUCGAGUCGGCGGCGGCGGCGUCGGCGCGCGCGGGCGGCGCGUUCGCGGACGCGGCGUUUCUGUCGGGCGAGUGCGAGGCGCGUCUCGGGUGCGCCGAGGCGAGCCGCGCGGAGAAGACGGAGGAGGAGAUCGCGGAUGGCGAGCGGCGCGUCGCGAGCGGGCUGAGGCGGAUGAAGGACGCGAUCGCGAUGGAUGAUGAUGAGCCGGGAGAUGGCGAGGAGGCCGAGGCACGGAGGGUAACGUACGCGACGCUGUUGGAAGAGUGCGCGAAGCGCGACGACGCGAUCGACGCGGUGAACGACGCGCUGAGGGCGCACCCGGACAGCGAGGCGCUGAGAGCGCUGCGCGCGAGCUUGAACGCGAAGAGGAAGCGGGAAGCCGGCGAGUUGUGA